UCACAGUGUUUGCGGAUGUGAUACCCGGGUUUCGCUUUUAUAAAUGCAAAACAUCAGAGUGGUUUUGACCUUGCAGUCGAAGAUCUGCCAGAUCAAGCGUUUACAAAUUUCUUUAUAUGCAUCGAGCUUAGCUCAAAACCUUCAAGAUUGGGCUGAGAGAAAAUUUCAGGCGCAUCUCUUCGGAUGCAGGGCCUAAAAUGGCGACGGAUCGGACGAAAAGAGCCAUUAAAGUUGGAUUUUACGACAUCGAGAAUACCAUCGGCAAAGGCAACUUCGCAGUGGUGAAGUUAGCGAGGCAUCGGGUAACUAAAAGCCAGGUUGCCAUUAAGAUCAUCGACAAGACUCAAUUGGAUGAAACAAACUUGAAGAAGGUCUACCGAGAAAUACAGAUUAUGAAACUUCUCAAUCAUCCACACAUCGUAAAACUGUACCAGGUCAUGGAAACGACAAGCAUGUUGUAUCUAGUGACAGAAUACGCCAGCAACGGAGAAAUGUUCAAUUAUUUGUCCAAUGGCGCUCUUCCUGAAAAAGAGGCGCGUAGGAAGUUUGCCCAGAUUUUGAGUGCAGUGGAGUAUUGUCAUAAGAGACAUGUUGUGCAUCGGGACUUAAAGGCUGAGAAUCUCCUUCUCGAUCAAAGCUACAACAUAAAAAUUGCUGACUUUGGUUUCGGUAACUACUACACGCCUGGCAGUCCACUAAACACAUGGUGUGGCAGCCCACCUUACGCUGCCCCAGAGGUUUUCGAAGGGAAACUUUACCAUGGACCUCAGUUGGACAUUUGGAGUUUGGGAGUCGUUCUAUACGUACUUAUCUGCCGAGCUUUACCAUUCGAUGGUGGAACUUUGCCAGCUCUUCGAGAUCGAGUACUGGAAGGAAGGUUUCGCAUUCCAUUCUUUAUGUCCACAGAAUGCGAGCACUUAAUCAGACACAUGCUCGUUAAAGACCCCAACCAAAGAUAUACAAUCGAACAGAUCAAGAAACACAAAUGGAUGCAAGCCGACCCUGCAGUGAAAACUAUCUUAGCUUACAAUGACGAAGUUAAGUUUGAAGGAGAUAAGAUACUGGACGAGUACAACGAACAAGCGUUAGAACUUAUGCAAGGGCUUGGUAUCGACAUCGAAAGAACGAAAAAGGCUCUGGUCGAAAACGCAUAUGACCACCAUACAGCUAUUUAUUACUUAUUGGUGGAUCGAUUACGUCAACACAGAGCGAGCUAUCCUCUGCAAACCCAGCUAGAGACCAGUCUCCGUCGGCCAAGUGGGAUUGCGGAGGCUGCUGUUGUAAGGGGGAGUAAGAACAAUAUUGUGGUAGUGCCAACUCGCGCCGCUCAACGGACCGUCCCGGCACAACCUGCGAGACCAUAUAUUCCUCUGCAAUACGCUAUUAAUGAACUUCACGAGCGCAUUCCGACGCCGCCUGAAAUAAGGCGGGAAAUUGCUACGGAAUGUGUCAAAGAACUGUCGCCGCUUCGUGAACCUGGACUUAAAGCGCGCUCAAUUUCACCGCGGCAAAUGAUAGGACCUACAUUAUCGUUAGAUAACAGUGUCAAUAGAGAAACGGACUUAGAUAUUGAGGCUGCGAUUGUAGAAAAGAUGGAAAGCGAAGACGUGGAUGAGAAAAGCCCUAAAGCAAGGCGACAUACGGUUCACACCAUGCCGAAUAAACCGCUGAUAGUCCCGCCAUAUCACCCUCUACUUGCUCGCGGUGCUUCCGAGGAAGUUCUGGAGGAAGGUGUUAUACCAACGUUUCAAAUGAAACCAGCUAUUGUCGUUUCACAUUGCGGACCUGGUACAACUUCUACUUCGUCCUCCUCACCGUUUGCAUCACAUCGAGGCUCAGGACAACAUUUGCACGAUCCCAGGUCGAAUUUCCACGUGCCGCUCGGGCGGCGUGCGUCUGAUGGGAAUGCUGUGGCACUAGCGUUUCAGCAAAAUUUGAGGAUUACAUCAACACAAAAUAGGAUUAAAAAACUGCAACUAGAGCAUCAAAGACUUCAAGAGCAAUACCAAAAAUCGCUAUCGCCUUCCGAGCUUACAGAUCAGCAGGCAGUUCACGCUGAAUACAAACAAAAUUAUGAUCAAAUGCGGGAGGAAUUACAGAAACAUUACGAGGAGCUUAUGGCAAACAAUGAACAAGAUAGAAGUGAUGGCAGAAUGGAACCAGUUGCUGAACAGAAAACUAGUUUUCAACAAGAAAAACAGGCUCCGUAUUUUCAGCCUCUACAUCAUCAACUUCAACAGCUUCAUAUCGAUGCGAGGCACAACCCAUUACGGCGCAUGCCUUCCUAUAAACAAAAUCCACACAAACAGGUCUUUCGAACAUCUUCCUAUAAACGCGCGCAAAUAUGUGGCAUGUUGCCUCCAUUAGAGAACGGAUCGCCGACGGAAUCCCUUGAGAACACAGAACCACUUGUCCAAGCAGAUACUCAAAAUGUUGGGAGAUAUUCUAUAAUCUCGCUGUAAAAAAAUUAGAACGAUUGCCAAAGACGUUUCGUUACGAUAUUCUCGGUCCUGCGGGUAGGAUUUUCGCACAGCCCCACAAUUUAUUGAGCAUACAGUUCUUGGAUAGAGAAAGUAGAGGCGAAAUCAGUGGAUUGCCUUUUGGAAUACGGGUUUGUCUUAGAAGAGAGUGGGGCUGAACGGAAAUCUUUCCACGGUCAUUUUGCAACUUAUGAAAGGCGACUACGAAAUGUCAGUUGUGAAAGGAAGAAAAAUCAAAGGCAGUUAGUGAAACCUUUGGAUCUUUUGGCGAGUUUCAAUACGAGCAUGGCAGAUUUGAAUUCAUCUUUGAAGCGAAACGCUAUGAAACCUUGUACUUUUCAAAGCUAUGUUGUUCUCACGAUGAGCAACAAACUUUUCACUCAUUCUUAUCCAAAAACAAUCGGAUCAUUUCUCUUUAAAUUCCAUAAAACUACUAACGUGUCGUUUAAAAAUAAAAAAUUUACGGCUAUUGCAUUUUCUCACCAAAACAUCCAACGCUUCCCAUUCGCUGACUCUUUAACCAGAAAUAUUUGAAAUUCUGCAACAUGUAUUCACACUCGCCUUAAGAACUAAAGGUCGAGGGAAAGGAUUAAAACGAUUUACGAAUGAAGAAACUCAUCGCAGAAUCUUGGCCUAGGUUUUUAACUGGAUGCCCGCUUUUAACAUCGAUACAACGAGUCUUACGAGAAACUGAAAAAUGUUUCGCUUUGUUAAAAACAUCCUUUAAGAUCGUGUUCACGCUACCAACAGUUGAAUUAACUCUAAACUGCACUUGGCCACUAACACUAUAAAAACAACUCAAUAAUUAAAGCUAGCUACUAAAUUUAUAUAUUCUUUAUAGAUAUAUUUCUGAUGAAAGUAAGAGUGUAGGUUUUUUAUGGUCCUUUUCAAACAGAGAGUAGAUUUCUAAGAUAUAUCAGAGCCCUUGUAUAUAGCCAGGAAGAAAAAGCAAAUACAAAAAAAGAAAGGAGAUAAAUGUACACAGGUUGUUCCUUUUCACGCCUCGUGGCUUUGAUCUUGUGAACGCUAUACAAGCUGUAAAGGUGCAUUGCGUUUUUAGUAAAAACAAAAAUUAAAGCAGAAAAGACAAUAUGUA